GAUGAUGUUUCGCGUUAGUCCCCCCGUAUUUGGCCACUGAGUCGACGGAGUACUUUCACUGGGCAUCAGGAGGAUUGUGUUGGGAAUUAAAAACACAACCGUGAAAGCGUACUUAUCAGCAAUGGUGCCACCCAGCUUUUGAAGUUUUCAAAGGAUGCCGGCAACACGUAGCCCUUCAUCCAUCCCAACAGGCGUCUCAGGAGAUGCCUUGGACCUCAGCUUGUCAGGCUCCCAGCUCUCUAUGUCCAAAAGACCCAGCAGCGCAUCACCUGGGAAAUACUUCUCUCGGUCUGUGUCGGUUUCCGUGGCUAGUGACAGCAGAGGAAAACGCAACACCCUGAGUGAUGCCAGCUUUGGUAGCUCCCGCUCCAUCAAGAACCUGAGGCGGUCCAACAGCACCACUCAGGUCAAUCAGCAGGCCAACAUCAGUUUAAGUCAGGAACCGAGUGAGGACUACCUGGCCCUGUUUGACAGCAGCUCAGAUGGACGCAAGAAACUGGCCAGCCUCAGCAAAGCCUCGCCAGACAGAACCACAUGGAACAUCCUGGACGAUCAGCCCAGAGUUUUCCCCGUGCACUCGAGCCCCCGCAGCACUGGCAGCGUGGACUCCCCCCCCGGCCUGAAGAAAAGAGAGCCUGGCAUCGCUCUGGCUGCCACCUUCACUGCCAACAACAGGAGCAACAAAGGAGCGGUGGGCAACUCUGUCACCACCAUCUUACACAACAACUACUCUGAGAAACCACUCACGCCGAAGAGCUCCAACCAGAGGCCGUCGUUUAACAACAUCCUGAAGGCCACGGCAAACGACGAGGUGUCACAAGACAACAGCUCGCUGACAAAGUCCCAGAAGAACUUCUCUUCAGCGUCCUCCGCCUCCAACAACAGAUCUCCGGUGUCGGCCCAGCGCGGCAGCCCCGGCCUGUCUCGAAGGAGGGAGGUCACUGAGGAGGAGGCCGAGAGGUUUAUUCAGCAGGUGAACCAGGCAGCAGUCACCAUCCAGCGCUGGUACAGGCGCCAUGCCAAGAGACAGCACACUAACCAGGCAGCGCUCAAACGCAUCCUUGCCAGCAAAAGAAAGGAGUGGGAGGAGAGAACGGAGGAGGACGGUCGCCUGGAGCCGCAGCAGAAAAAGGACGAAGACAGGAAACGGAUUCGUGAGGAGAAAGCUCGUUUGGCCCGCCUGGCUGCCAUCCAGGAGCUGCAGCAGAAAAGAGCCCAGCGGGUUGCCGAGGCAGCCGAGGUGGAGCUGGAAAGCUCGAGGCUGGCAGGUGGGGCUGGACGCAAGAAGCAGCCCAAGAUCUCUCUAAGCAACAAAAGUCCAGCCUCACCGAGCAACAACAGCCCGAUGUCGCCCACAGAUGUCAAAGCUAAGAACACAGACUCCAAUUUGAAUGUUGUGGCCGACUUAGGUGAGCUGAGCUUCAGAGCCAUUUCCCCAGCUUCGUCCAAUCACAGAGGCUCUCAGUGUUCCCAGGAUCAGGAGGACAGAGCGGAGGUAGACAUCUGCCCGGAGCAGCAGCAUCAGCAGAACGACCGGAAAUUCAUUCGUAAAGAGAAAGCCCGUCUGGCCCGCCUCACUGCCACCCAGGUGAACACGUCUGAGGGGCUGCAGCAGAAAAGAGCCCAGCAGGUUGCCGAGGCGCAGCAUGCAGCUGAGGUGGAGCCGGAAAGCUCGAGGCAGACAGGUGUGGUAGGACGCAAGAAACCACCCAAGAUUCCUCUGACUGGCAAAAGUCCAGCCUCACCGAGCAACAACAGCCCGAUGUUGCCCACAGACGUGAAAGCUAAGAACACAGACUCCAAUUUGAAUGUUGUGGCUGAGUUCGGUGAGCUGUCCAGCUUCAGAGCUGUUUCCCCAGCUUUGUCCAAUUGCAGAGGUUCCCAGUGUUCCCAGGAGAUCCUGCAGAGGUCGGUGAGUGUGGAGGACCAGCGGCAGGGAGCUUUGUCCAGCAGGGCUCAGUCCAAAACCACCCUCAACGAGCUGCUGGACACCCUGAAGCUGUUAGAGGAGGAGCCAGAGAGGCUGUCGGAGCCAAAGUGCUACAGCAAAGAGAAAUACGCCUGGAUAGACGAGGACGGAGACUCCAACUCUCUGACCACUGACAACCUGGAGCGUCACGGCCAGCUGAGUCACCAUCCGGCCCUGCCAGAUGGGGGCGCCCUGCUCUCCGAGGCCAAGCUGCAGAGCAUCAUGAGCUUCCUGGAUGAGAUGGAGAAGUCUGAACAGGAGAGGCCACGCUCGGUUACUUCAGGGUCUCAUAGAGAGGCUGUGUUGUCUGAGGAGGAGCUGGUUGGUGUCGAGCAGGCGUCUGCCACCGCCGCCGAAAUCACCGGCUCCAUGAUGAGGAUCAAGCUGGAGCUGGAGGAGAAGAAACGCACAGUCAACAUGCUGCAGAGCGCACUGGCCCAGCAGAGGGAGCUCACGGUGAGACACGUGAAGGAGACCGAGAAGGAGCUGAACAGAAACUUCCAGCUCCAGAAGGAACAAUUUGAAGCCACCAUCCAGAGACACCUCACGUUCAUUGAUCAGCUGAUCAAUGAUAAGAAGAGUUUAAAUGAGCGCUGUGAAGGAGUGGUGGGAGAACUGAAGCAGGUGGACCAAAAGUACACCAAGAAGAUCGCACAAAUGCAGGAGCAACAUGAAAUGGUGUGGCAAAUUCUGGGUCCCUUGUGUGAGGAAAUCAAGAAGUUAAAAGAGCUUAUGAGCGCCACGGAGAAGAUCCGCCGGGAGAAAUGGAUUGACGAGAAAACCAAGAAGAUCAAAGAGAUCACUGUCAAAGGUCUGGAGCCAGAGAUCCAGAAGCUGAUCUCCAAGCACAAACAGGACCUGAAAAAGCUGCGGACACUCCACGAGGCGGAGCUGCUGCAGGCAGACGACCGCGCGGCCCAGCGCUACGUCCGCCAGUGUGAGGAGCUCCGCCUACAGCUGGAGAGGGAGAAGGACGAGCAGAGUCAGAGAGAGAGGGAACUAGCCAAGCAGAGAUACGAGAAGCAGCUCCAGGAGGAGGAGCUGUCCCUGCAGCAGCAGAGAAGGCGGCUCUACAAGGAGGUGGCCGAUGAGAAGGAGAGGCUGGCUCAGCUGGCUGCAAGGCAGCGCGCUGAGCUGGAGGAUCUGCGGAGACAGCUGGAGGACAACAGCUCUCUGGCUGGACGAGCCCUCAGAGAGGAGCUGGACAAGACCAGAGAGGAACAGGAGAGGAGACACCAGGUGGAGAUGAAGGCGUUACAAGAACGUAUGGACAUCGAAAAGCAGACCUGGGAGGAAAACUACAAGAAAAAAGAGGAAGCGUGGAUGCUGAGCCGCGAGCGUGAACUGAAAGAAGAGCUGCGGCGAGAACGCGACAAAGAGAUCGAGCUCGCCAUCUGGACGCUGGAGGAGGAGACCAGCAAGGACAAAGAGGAGUGUGAGAGGGCAGCUGACAACAGGGUGAAGCGUGUGAGGGAAAAAUACGAGACGGAGCUGAGGGAGCUGGAGCGCUCCGAGAGGACGGCUGUGGAGAAACAACAGGAGUCGAGGAAGCAGCAGAUGGAGAUGGAGGGAGAGCUGAUUAGACUCCAGGCCCUGAUCCGACAGAAAGAACAGGAGACUGAAGACAUCACACAGACCAGGGACAAGCUGGUGGAGGAGCGCCGCAGCCUGGCCGAGGUGAUCAGGCAGGAGUUUGCCGACCGGCUGGUGCUGACGGAGGACGAGAACCGCAGGAUGAAAGUGGAGGUGUCAGAAGUCCGAGCGAGGCUCCGGCUCGAGGUGGAGAGAGUCACCCGGGAGAAGGAAGAGGAACUGGCUGAAGUCCACCAACGAGUGAAGGCGGCCAUCUUGAAGAAGGAAGAAACCGUCAAUAAUCUCCGGAAGCAGCAUGAGGCAGCCCUGAAGAGGGCCGAUCACCUGGAGGCCCUGUGGGAACAGCAGAGGAAGCAGCUGUUGGAGAAGUAACUGACAGGAAGGCUUUAUCGGUCUGGACCUAUCCUCUCCACCACCCCUCC